AUGGCACGGGACACGCACCCGGAGGGGUCGUCCCUGAGCUCACCCUUUCCAGCAGAUGUCGUGGUCUACGAUGCUGAGCAUGCUGCCCGGCACGAGGCUCUGGCCCUUCGCCUGCAGGAGCAACAGGAGCGCGAGCAGGCGGAGGUGGAGAUGUUGAAGGCGGCCGUGGGCAGUGUGUUCUCAGUCCGGAAGCCCCGAGAUGCCGUGGCUGGGACAGCCAGCGGCUUGAAGACGAUGGCCAGGGGUGUCGGUGUUGGCUUGGCGAGCUUGGUUGUCCAGCCUUAUGUUGGUGCCAAGUGCGGGGGCAUCAAGGGCUUCGCCAAGGGCUGCGGCACGGGCCUAGCCACGUGUGUGGGCAGCACCGUGGCAGGAACGGUUGUGGGAAGCGGCCAGAUCGUUCGUGGUGUUGUCAACACCCCCGGAGCCAUUCUGCGAACUGCCCGGGGAGAGGUCUGGAACUCCGAGACGCGGAAAUGGGAGAAGGACUGGUACUCCUUGCCCGAAGAAGCUGCUGAGGUCCUUUGCCAGGAUGACGAGGAGGCGUGCGGCGAGAGCCGAGCCCGGACAGGGUCAUCCAGGAAGGUGCACCACACGGAGCUCUACGAUAUCUUAGGUGUCCGGCCCGAGGCCUCGGAAGCGGAGAUACGCCGGGCCUUCUACAAGAAGUCCUUGGCCCUCCACCCAGACAAGAACCCGGACAACCCCGAAGCGACGAAGCAGUUCCAGGCAGUCAGCGAUGCGUACCGGAUCCUCGGCGAUGAGGAAAGGAGGCGCGCCUACGACGAAUUGGGCAAGGACACGGCUGCCGCGAACCUUCCGAAGAUCGAGCCCGUGGUGUUCUUUGCGGCACUCUUUGGGACUCACCACUUCGAGCCGUUCGUGGGCCGCCUGCGCUUGGCCCAAGACAUUGACACGGACAUGCAGCUCAUGAUGCGUGACAUCAUCGCCGCAGAAGACGAGGAGAGCGGGCAGAUCGACGCGCUCAAGGUCAGCCGGGCUCACAAGCGGAUGCAGGCUCUGGAGCGACGCCGGCAGGUGCAAUGCGCCGUCACACUGGCCAGCCGCCUGGACGAAGCCCGCCUCCAAGAGGAGGGCCGUUGGGAGGCGGAGCAGCGAGCAGAAGCGAAGCGUUUGUCCCAGGUCCCAUCGGGCGUGGAGAUGCUCUACCUCAUCGGCUGGCUUUAUGUCAACGGCGCCGAGCAGUGGCUGGCUGGCAGUGCCGCCGCCCGCAUGGUAGCCAAGAUGCAGGCCAAGGCGCACCUCUUGAAGUCCAAGGGGGAGCUCGCGGCGUCUGCGGGACGGACGGCCAUCACCGUCAACAGCAUCAUGAAGACGGCAGAGAGGAAGAAGACCAAGUCGCAGAGCUCAGAGCCCAAAGAAGGCAAAGAUGCGAUGGGAAGAGGUGCUCCUUCCAGCCCCGCACGGGGAAAAGAGACAGCUUCGGAGGAUUCUCGAACGUCGCAGAACCUCGAGGAAGCCCACGAAGAAGUCCACGAUGAGGCGGGGUCGAGCAGGGCUUGCCCUUCUGAAGGUCGAGAAAGUGUGGGCUCGCGUGCUGAGGAGAAGCGCUUGUCCCCUGGCACCGUCGUUGCGCUCUGCAACCUGAGGACUCAAACAGAGUUGAAUGGAGAGGUUGGUGUCAUCGAAGAGUUCGACGCAUCUUCCGGGCGCUACGUUGUCCACCUUCUCUCGGAAGGGUUGGAACCUCGCAGGAUUCGAGCCGAGAAUCUUUUGAUCAUGGAGGACCCCGCGCGUGACGACGCUUCUGGAGGCUCGGCAUCCUCCACAGCUCCAGCUCCAGGGAAGCCGGACCGACAGGACACCUCGGAAGAUGCCCACUGGGCACCAGGUGGCGAAGAUGCCGAGAUCGCGGAAGCUUUCAAGGACACAAUGCCACUCUUCCACGAGACGCUCUGGAAAGUCACGGCCAUCGACAUCGAGUACACGCUUGCCAAGGUAGUACGGCGAGUACUGCGCGACAUGUCGGUGGACAAGUCGGCACGGCAGCACCGAGCCGAGGCGCUGCGUCGCUUGGGGGCCAUCCUACAGGAGCCCCUGAGAGAGCGGAAUGCCGACCUUGGUGCCUCCCGUCUCUCGCUGGAGGGCCGCGAGGCGCCGCCGGUGGAGAGGCGCGUGAGCUCCAGGUCCUCGAUCCUCGCUCGUCUUCCCCGGGUGUCCUGGCGCUCUCGCAAAAGCGGCGCCAAGGAGGCAAGGACCAAGGAGCAGGAAGCCAAGCAAAAGCAGAUGGAGGCAGCUCUGGUCUUGAUGGCUGCAGGGGCUUCCACUGAGGACGUGGACGAGAUGUUGGCUGCAAGGUCUGCCAUGGAGUCUGAGCUUGAUCCGUUUCACAAUUCCGUGUAG